UUUCACAGAUGUACAAGUUUUUCCUUCUAUCACUACUCGCCGUGGCAGCGGGUCAAGGCAACAGCGGCGACCUAGAAUCAGUAAUAAACCAAAUAUUUGGUACGCCACCACCGGCAACCGGUAACACCGGUAGCGGCACUAACCCUGGUAACGUCGUCGGUGGGAAUCUUGGUAACAAUAAUGGACAGAUAUCGGGACCGUCCACUAUUGUACCGCCGGGAAUAAGUGAUGUGACGAACGACACCUCCUGCAUGACAGAGAAUAACGAAGUAGGCGAAUGCGUGCGCUACUACCUUUGUAAUAACAACACUAUCAUCGAAGAUGGGGUCGGCAUCAUCGAUAUUCGAGGUCUCGAUGGCCCGUGUCACUCGUACUUGGACUCCUGCUGCCUUUUGGGCAACACACGCCCAAUUGAAGACCCAAUCACGCCGAAACCCGUCACGAUUCCCGACACCAACGACAAUAAGGGUGAUGACCAGACGCCAAAUCCUCAACCGCUACGCACUGGCUGCGGCUGGCGUAACCCUGAAGGAGUUGGAAUGAAGACCAUCGGUGAUGUACAAGGGGAAGCCAAGUUCGGAGAGUUCCCUUGGACAGUUGCCAUCCUUAAAAUAGCGCCUGUUAACGGCAACGACCCUGACAGCCAAAAGCUCAAUGUCUACGUCGGUGGAGGAUCUCUCAUACACCCAAGCGUAGUUUUGACUGCAGCACAUCACGUAGACCAGCCCGGAUUGAUGCGCGUGCGCGCUGGAGAAUGGGACACUCAGACCACAAAGGAGAUCUAUCCUUACCAGGACAGGGAUGUGGAGUCGAAGAUCAUUCAUAAGGAUUUUAAUAGCGGCAACCUCUUCUAUGACAUUGCGUUGAUGUUCCUGUCGAAGCCUAUGGAGCUAGCCCCAAAUGUCGGGCUCGUGUGCUUGCCCCCACCGCGCGAACGUGUUCCUGGAGGUACAAAGUGCGUCGCUUCCGGAUGGGGAAAGGACAAAUUCGGAACGCAAGGAAAAUAUCAAGUAAUUCUGAAAAAGGUGGAAGUGCCAGUCGUUGAUCGCAACACCUGUCAGAACGCUCUCCGCAGCACGCGGCUUGGGCGGUUCUUCCAAUUGCAUACCUCUUUCAUGUGCGCAGGCAGCGAGGGAAAGGACACGUGUAGAGGCGAUGGAGGAUCGCCUUUAGUCUGCCCUAUUGAGUAUGAGGAGGGCCGCUACAUGCAAAGUGGGAUCGUCGCGUGGGGUAUCGAGUGCGGUACCGGCGUUCCCGGAGUGUACGUGGAUGUGUCCAAUCUUCGCAACUGGAUUGACGACAAGGUCAAGGGGAAAGGCUUCGACACUAGAGGAUACACUCAUAAUAUUUAAAUAGAUUUAUUUAAACAUGGUUUUUAAGGUUAUUCCGUAAAUUAUUACUAGUUACAGGCUUCUUACCACAUACGAAUCGUUUUUUGCAAUAGAACGGUUACAUCAUGACAUAAUAUAAUAAAAUUACACAUAGCUGAAGACGUCAAAGUUAUACUAAAAAUAAUCUACGAUUAUCACUGUGACAGUUCAUAAAAAUCUACAAAAUAUGUGCACUAAUUUAUGUAUUUCAUAAACUAUAUUUAUAAGUCUUUUUAAAAAUUUUGUUUAAGUGAAUUCACUAAUUUAAAAGUAAAAAUAAAACCAAAUCAAUGUUAAUUUGUGACAAAUGUGCGGAAAACAUUUUUUUUUUCAAAAAUUCAAUAUUUUUUUAUGACAACGUGCAUAGGUUACUUAAUUACACUGCAUUUGCUAGAGAUGAGGUAUAUCGACAAAAAGUUUUAAUUUAAUUAUAAUCAAAAGUUUCAAUUAUAAGCAAUUGUUAACACUUUUUUAAAACUUAUAAAUUAUAUAUGAUAAAUGCUUUUACAAAUUUACUACAAAAUAUAUUGAAAUUGCAUUAGGACUUGAAUUAUACGUUUUAUGCCUUCAGUCUAAUACAAAACGGUUCACAUAUCUAUACAUCGUUCAGAAUACGUAAGAAAAUUAAACUAUAAGAGACCUUUGCUUCAAAAAUCAAAUACACUAAAAUCUAUCGACUUUUCCUCAUCUCUAUGACAAAUGUCAAAUGAAGUGCCACAUGGAUCAUCCUAGAUAGUGUUUAGUAUAAGAGACGUUUCAUAUACGACAACCGAGAGAAACAAUGUGAUAUCUCGAGAAAUAUAUCACUUUUGAUCUCAUCAAAUAAGUCAAUUAUAGAUUUGAAUUUAAUAUAUUAAUACGGACAGUUUCUCUAAAGAAUUAAAGCGCAAACUAGCCUAUCUCGUUUUAUUCCAUAAAAGCAAAUGAAUUUCUGCCAUCCACUAACUAAAAUUCGGCUAAGUGACAAAUGGGAUAUUGCAGACGGCAGAUUUAUGUACAAACCAAACAAACAAAUAUGCAAUAAAUACCACAGGCUAAUCUAAUCUCGGA